CCAUUGCUAUUGGAACAUCCGCCUACGCUGGUUUCAAUUCUCUCGAAAAAUCUGCGUGAUUUUCGGUCUACACUCUACAAAACAGUUUAUACCUGCAUGGCUUUUAUUCGCUCAACUAAAAUGCUUAACUUUAUCUUCCUCUUGCUUUUGUUCUUCGUGUCAAUGAGGUCUGCCUUGACUGCCGAGGACAAGAAAAAUUGCGGUCCGAAAAUGUUUUCGGGCUUGGACAGAUGCUGCGAUUUACCAAAACUAAUACCGUUUGAGUCGGUCUAUGCCUGCAUACCAAAAGAAAACGUUGAUCAGAAUAAAGCCCAAUCGAAUGGCAAUUCGGCAAAGAAGAAAAAAUUAGAUGGCGACCAGAUGUGCCUCAUUCAAUGUGCUAUGAACGAUCUCAGCUUGUUGACCAAAGAAAACGACGUGAACAUCACAGCCGUGAAUGAAACCCUGACUAAUGUCGCAAAGGACCACUGGGACACCAUGGUUGACGACGUUCUUCGCUACUGCUCUGAGGAAUACUCAAAACUGGAUUUGAUGGGGGUGCCGCACCAGGAGGACAACGCUGGCAAAAUCUGCAAUCCCGGGCCCUUUUUAUUCAUCUCGUGCAUCAAUCACUUCAUGACUUGCAAAUGCCCAAGCCAGGCCAGAGGGGAGUUCAAAAACGGAGACAUAGACACGUGUCCGCAAAGGAUCAACAAUUUGUGCGCCUGCAGCCCGUUCAAUGUGCUCCCUGGCUGGAAAGUUAAAGAGGGAAAAACGAUGUCUGUCGCCGGGCCAAGUUCGCCGAGGAAAAAGAGCAGGCAGAACAGGCAGGGCAGGCUGGGACGAAAGAAAAAUACCGGUAGCAACUUGGACGGCAGCGGCAAGAAAAAGCGAACCAAUCCUUCAGCUAUAUUUUUCGUCAUUUCCGGCCAGUCGUGGGCCCCCUCUUCAGAAUUCUACAAAGCGAUGCAGGUGUUUGCUGUUAUCAAAGUUGCUCUUGUAAAUUUCUUUUUACUCUCUUCACGGGCGCUGUGUGAUGACGAGCUGGACGGCGUUGAUGAGGCACCCGCGGCCGAUAGAGCUAUUAAGCCAUGUGGUCCGCAAAUGCUGACUAGUCCGGAAGAAUGUUGUCGCGUGCCGAGGCUGGUCGAGGCGGAAUCGCUGCGAAGUUGCGUUGGAGGCUUCGGCGGAGGCAUGGGCGGUGGCCUGACACCAAAAGUGCUUAAGAGUCUGGGAAAGGAAAAAGCACUAGUUCAAGAAAACCUAGGUGGUGAAGGUGCCAUGUUGGCAAUGGAGAAAGGCCCAUUGUGCACAGCGGAGUGUAUUCUCAGGAGACAGGGUUUUAUGAAUGAAAAUGAUGACAUAGACUUUGAAAUGAUGUCGGAAAAACUCUUGCAAGGCUCUGGAGAUUGGAAAAACAUUGUGGAGCGAGCUAUUUCCAAUUGCUCUGAAGAAUUACAUGCAAAACGAGCGAUUUUACCAGCCGUAGGAGGCAACUGCAAAGUGGAGGCGACGGUCGUGAUGACGUGCUUGAGGAGAUUUCUUACUCUUGAAUGUUUAGAGACUGCGAUCGUUACUAAAAAUGAUGGUUCGUGCGAGAAAAAAAGAAUGUUUCUGACCUCUUGCGACCCAUUCGCCCUGACUGAGGAAGCAAUCGAAGGCAAAUUUCCUGAUUUCGUCAGGCAACACCUUGGCAAUAUGAUGGGUCUCAGCAGGUCAAAACCAGGCCAAAAGAAGUGGAAAUAUGGCUUGAUUGGUCGCAGCCAAGGCGCUUGGAAUCACGACGCAGAGAGGAAAAUAUCACCGACACGCAUUAUGGGAUAGUUUUUUUACAAA